CUGUUCGGCGCGUCGUUGUUCCCGUACCUUGGAUUUCUGUAUUUUUUGGCCAAGCCGGAGGCGAGGUGCCCGCGCGGGACGCUUUUCGGAUUCAAAUUCUUGCUCGCGUUUGUGUUCGGGACGAUUCCGUUCGCGAUUUACGCAAAGGUCGAGUACGACGAGAUAUUGGCGAACGUCGACGUGCUGCACGGGGUGGCGGAGUCGCUCCUGACGAUGACGAAUGUUUUCAUCGUGCUCGGGUUUCGGCAAGGCCUGCGC